CUUCUUACAGAAGUCCAAAGAAAAUACCUUGAGCUUCAGGCAGGAGCCAAUCUUCUGCAAUUUCCAAGGUCACAUCAUGGAUGGAGCAGAUGUCCUUGUUACCAAAAUCAAUGAAUGGGUGCGUCUACAGAAGAACUGUGCCACUAAGUUGGUCAAACUGGCGGAUGAGCUGGAAGAAGUUGUGAAGGCUGCCAACGUGACCAAAGUUGUUGGCAGCUCAGUGUCAGUAGGAGGAGCAGCUACAAUGACCGCGGUGGGACUGUUAACAGUUUUCACCGGUGGAUUAGCAUUGCCUGUUCUUGCUACAGUAGGGGCAGUUGGAGCAGUGGCUUCAGGGGCCAGUUUGUUGACAACAGUUGGUUCUGAGACUUACAGCACCACCAAGUCUAACAGCAUAAUGGAGGAAGCCAAAAAGCUGCUGGAACAAUUACAGAGUCUGGAACAAGAAAUAAAAGACCUGAUGAAGCCUCUAAAGUCACUGAAAGAACGAGCCUCCAGUUCCUGUGAUGAUGAUGAUGAUGACGACGACGACAUUACGGAGAUGUUCCUGAGAUCGGAGGCAGGUCGACAGGGACUAAUUCUCCCCCGCAGUGGAAUGAUCAGAAAAGUUUGUCGCUUACCAAGGUCGAACAUCAACAGGCGAAUCCUGACCAAUGAAGUUCUGCUGGCAGCAAGUGCAACAAUCAUUAUACAAGCUCUGCUCUUGGCGGCUCGAGAAGGAGGCAAAAAGGUUGCUUCGUCUGUCGGAAAAAAAGCAGCGUCAAGAGCUGCUGGAUGUGUUGCAGGCGGAGCAGUUGGGCUCUUGUUCUCUGUUCCUGAGCUGGUUAAUGACUGUCAGAACAUCGACAACAUCGAGACAGAAGCCAGUAGAACCCUGAGGGAGAAUGCCAAGACCAUAAAGACCUCUGCUAUCGAGACGGAGGAAGAGAUUGAGGAAAUCAGAAAAGCUCUUCAGAAGUUGAAGAGAAUAAAGUCCAUCAUCGAGAACACGAACCGGAGCCAAAGUGAGAUGGAAGAGUUAAUUGAUCAUGCAAUUAAAAACGCCCCAGAUUCUGUAGUCAAAGAGUGGCUGGCCCAGAACGCAAAGUCUCAAGAGUUCUCCCAUCUGGUGAAUGUUUUUGUCUUCAUCCAAAAAAGGCUGGAUGAGGAGUGGCAGAAGAAAAAGGAGAAGGAUCGGGAGAAUAAGAAGAUUGACCUGGUCUUCUUGGCUCAUGGAGAGAUUGAGAACUGCAUGAUACCUGCCAUAUGUUUGGUGCCCCUGAUGUCCAUCACAGACGUCCUGCUUUACUCUCCCUGGAACUGCCUCCUGUUUCCUGAAGCGGCCUAUAGCAUCGCUACAGGAGACAUCCUGCCUGGACACAGGCUGUUUGGGUGCGGCAGGCCAAAUGAGUGUCGAAUUCCUCCUGAAGCCCAUGUAACGUUCAAUCUGCCGAACAGCUGGAACUCGAUGAGGAAUACCGGAUUUCAACCUGUCCCUAAAAUCAUGGUGGGGCCUGUAGGAACACCAAAUGAUAUGGCUUUUGCAUCUUUCAUUGCUUUAGAAAAUGUGUUUGGUGCACCAGGAGCCAACCGGUACCUCGUCCCGUACCUCGCCCCCUGGAUCGGCAAAGUCCCCUUCUUUGUCGUCACAUUGGCCGCGUCUCUGGUGCUGUUUUUCUCGGGGUGUGAAGCCACCGUCCAUCUGGCUGCCUGCCUGGGAAAAUCGCCCCGCGGAACCCCAAUGCAGGAAGAGUAUCUGAAAUGGCAGUACGCCUACACUGCCGACAACACCGGCAUGACCGUUUCCACAGAGACCUUCAGAGAAUGGAGCAACCUGAGAAGGUCGCCAUUUUUCCAGAUGUUCAAGGCUGUUUUUGGUGACGAGUUUCCAUCUUUUAACCCAUGAUCCAGAAGGGAGAACAUUCUGUCCUGCUUUAGUUCAGGUGUAUUACAGGAUUUCAUUCAUUAAAUGUGUCCUGCUAUUUAACCACAUAAUCCAGAGGAAGCUUCCAGCGGUCUUUGCUUUGAAAGAUAUGCAUGUUCCAGGGUCAAAGGUUAGCUUCUGAUCCCAUUAACCAGCAAGAUUAAAAAAACCUCCAGAGCUUUGCUGCGUCUUUUGACCUGAUUAUAACCACCGAGCUACAGCUGUUUGCUUUGCACACAUGUUCUAAUGCUAUAAUGCAUCUUGCCAAUAAAACU